AUGCUCACAGCUGUCUGCGGCUCUCUUGGGAACCAGUCCUCCGACGCGCCCCGCGCCUCCCCGACCCACCUGGACCUGCAGCCGCUGCAGCCCUUCCAGCCCCACGGCAGCGCCGCGGCGGGCGCCGACUUCGCCUCCCCGCUGCCGCCCCCGGAGCUGCCGCUGGCGGGCCCCGACGCCGCCUUCGCCGCCCCCGGCGCCUACGAGCCCCAUGGCCCCCCGCGGCUAGAGCUGCCCCCCGACGGCCCCGCCGCCCCCGGCUCCUACGCCAAGCUGCUGCAGGCGGCCCCGGACAUGGCGCACCCCUACGAGCCCUGGUUUCGGCCCCCCCACCCCGGCCCCCCCGGCGAGGAGGGGGGCGUCAACUGGUGGGACCUCCACGCCGGGGCCAGCUGGAUGGAGCUGCCCCACGGGCAGGGGGGGCUGCAGGUGCCCGCGCCCCCCGGGCUGCAGCCGCCGCUGGGGGGGUACGGCGGGGGCGAGCCCCAGCUCUGCGCCCCCCCCGCCCACCUCCUGCCCCCCGCCCAGCACCUCCUGGGGCCGGAGGGGGCCAAGGCGCUGGAGGGGCCCCCCGAGGCGGAGGGGGGCGGGCGGGCCAAGGGGGGCCGGCGGGCGGUGCCGCGGGGCGGGGGGCAGGCGGCGUGCCGCUGCCCCAACUGCCAGGAGGCCGAGAGGGGGGGCCCCUGCCCCGAGGGCGCCAAGCGCAAGCACCUGCACAACUGCCACAUCCCGGGCUGCGGGAAGGCGUACGCCAAGACCUCGCACCUGAAGGCCCACCUGCGCUGGCACAGCGGCGACCGGCCCUUCGUCUGCAACUGGCUCUUCUGCGGCAAGCGCUUCACCCGCUCCGACGAGCUGCAGCGGCACCUCCAGACCCACACGGGCACCAAGAAGUUCACCUGCCCCGUCUGCGGCCGCGUCUUCAUGCGCAGCGACCACCUGGGCAAGCACAUGAAGACGCACGACGGCGGCAAGGACGGCGGCGAGCCCGAGGCCAAGGGCGCCGGGGAGCCGCCGGCCGGCAAGGGAGGCAAGCGGGAGCCCGAGGGGGGCAACGCCGCCCCCACAAACUGA